GCCUCGCUUCCCUCGUAAUCGGCUUUCUUGACGGAGAGAAGUAGGGACAAUAAAAUGGGAUUUUGUCGCCGUUGUGGAGAUAUCGUCGCUGGAACACGUUGUAAGUGUGGUGGCACGGCUGUUGCUCCUGCUGUAUCAUGGAACCCAGUCAUUAUGAAGGAGGGCCUUCAGGACCGCUGGUCAAAUACAUAUGUGACCAAAGAUAAACAGCCACCACCCUUGCUUUCUCCAAACGUGACCGGGUCAACCUCCAAACCUGUGUUUACCUCGAACGACAGUAAACACUUCCCGCGGCCUAUAAGCUCUAACUUUACCUCUUCUAAUUCUGCACUCGCAACCCGUGUCUCUGAGCAUAUAGCAUCUACCACUUCCCAGCUCGGCCGGCCAUCGUCACCCCUCAAACAGUCAGUAUUAUCGGUCGCGGCCCCAGAAGCCGACAUUCUGCCGUCGCCGUUGCCUUUCGACAAUUCUCUCUCUAAGAUCUACGGAUCAGUUCUCCAGCCCAAGGAGACUCUCAACACUCACUCAUGCUCCAUCUGCUCUUCCAUAUUCCUCCCUGACGCUACCAUAUAUCCUGAUCCUUCCGCGUCAGAUGACGCUUCCCCUGGUUUUCUUUGCCGUUCAUGUUACACUACCAAUGGAGGAUCCAAAGGUAUUUGCCCUACAUGCUCACGGCCGGUACUUGCACUCAAGUCGGAAGGCGGCUUUAUCUGUGCUGAGGGUAAAUAUUGGCACAAGCGUUCAUGUUUCAUCUGCCAAGGAUGUUUCAAGAAUGUAGGACAUGCACCCAUGGUCGAUUUGUUAGGCCGACCAACUUGUGCGGAAUGCUUUGAGAAUUGCCUCAAACGUGAUCGCACGCCCAAGAAGAGUCGCGACAGUAUGAACAGCAGCCCCGUGAGCAAUCCUGGUGGCAUGAAUGUCAACUCCAAGAGCAGGAGUCGAGAAGGAAGCCCAGCAAUUGAGGAGUUAGAACAACGGCUGGGCAUAAGAAGUCGGGAUUCAAGUCCAACGAUGGAGGAUUCGUUUGGUCGAUCGGGCUUAGUUGGGAGUUCACCCAGUUCCAGACCCCGACCCUCUAGCGUCGUGUCAGGAUCACCAUCUUUUCAUUCUCUAUCCCCUCUUGAUAGGCAUUCGCCUGACCGUUCAUUAGGACGUCACAGCAUCGGAGCAGAGGGGAGCUCCAGUCCCAGUCUACGGGGCAAAUAUGACCGCUUCAAGAGUGCCAAGCUGGAUUCACGUCGCAGCAUAGACCUUUCGCCUUCAUUCCGCUCCGUUACUUCAGAGCAUACUCCAAAUUUGGCGGGCCCCAUUCCUGAUACCGUACAGGAGAUGAAGCGACGAUUUACGAUUUCGGACAGCAGUUCCAAGCUGGUGUCUCCCUCUCCUUCCAUGAAAACUAUUCGUUCCUCUGGCUCCUUUUCCAGUCUUCCCAGCUCUAGUCCCAAAAAUCUUGGAAGCUUCGAUCUUCCUUCGACGCCAGACUUGCUUUCUGACUUCUCUGACACAGGGACCAUUUCAUCCUCAGGCCCGGAUUCUCCCCCAAGAAACGACCCAUUCGACCUUUCAAUUGACCGAGGUAUAUCUAGCAAUCGUCGCAUGCAUAAAUAUGCCUCAAGGCACUCAGCCAUUGAACCCAAUGACGCCAUACCGGAAGAGACCAGUAGUCAGCUAGGAUCACCUGCACGAACUUCAUUAUCCGCCAAAUCAACGCCCGCUCCGACUCCGUCAAGAAUUCCUGUGCCCCAUAGACUUUCUACGUCACACAUUCCGUCUCCGAAAUCUUUGACCGUCUCUACUAAUCAAAUAUCGGAGAGUGCAGUGUGCACAAGGUGCUCACUUUCAUUGUUUUCCGUUCGUGGUGGUGGCCGGUUUGUCACUGUGCCUAACGCCGAUGACGGGUCAUCCCAGACCUUUCACGCAGAUUGUUUUACAUGUGUCAUUUGUGAUUUACCUUUCCGAGAGACGAAUCAAGGGCAAGCAGUGUUUGUUAAAAGCGACAACGGUGCCUGUCAUGUUGAGUGCGCACCUGCGAAGAUCAUAACUAGGACGAUAUCUAUUCCUUCAUCCUCACGCUCAUCAACUACAACAUCACCAUCAUCGUCAAGUCCUCAGCAUCAGGCAUCAACGUCUUCUAGUCCUAGACAUCAGGCAUCAGCGUCUUCUAGUCCUAAACCACAAUCAGGGACCGCCACAUACGGAUCAUCGAGUAGAUACGAGCGUCCUCCACUGACAGCGCCUGCAACGUCGUCGUCAGCUUCCUUCCCUCGUUUCGGCAGCUCGACAUCUUGCCCUGGGUGCCGAAAGUCAGUUUCUCCCAUGGAGCGGGGCGUGGUUCCUGGGCCCCAGGGCACUCGAUGGCAUGCACCAUGUUUGGUUUGUGGCGGUAAGAAAGAGGUCAAGGUUUAUGCAAGGUUUAGAGAUGAGAAAAGGAAAGAGGAGCCCGGUUGCGGCAAACGUUUGGACAGUGCUGCUAAAACUGAUGGAGAAGGUGGUGUCUGGUGUCGCGAAUGUCUACUAUUACUUUCUAGCGAACCACGAGCUUCACCUCAUGGGUCUCCUACGCGUCCACUUCCAAUGACGUCCUUCGGAGGCGGUCCAUCGAAGCUUCUACCCCAGAACACAGGAACUACAACGAUAGCCAGACAAUUCACAGGAUUAGGCGCCGGUGGUCCUAAUGACGGAUCUUUGCGAAGGCAACUAACAGGAGGGGCGUUAGGUCCUACCAGAAGUCUCAGUCCGACAAAACAGGUCGGUACGGGUAUGAGGCCUCGUCCCAAAAGCGUCAUUGGUAUGAGAAGUUCGAAGAGCGUCGAUGAAGGGCGUGGUAUGUUUCUCGUCAGGCAGAUGACGGGGUCCGGUGCCUGCUGAUUGCUGUCAGAUAUUAUUUAAACCAUUCCGAAAGUAUUGCAUUUUUUGAACGUCCAUUCAAUCUUGCAAGAACUCCUUGUUAUGUAAUUGUU